UACCUAGAAUGUAUUUUAAAGAGACAACAGCACAAUAGAAUAGUUCACCAGAAGAUCGAUGUGCUAAAUUUUAGACGCUGAAAUGGCAUUAAAAUUAACUAAAAAUAUGUUAGAGACUAUAGCCUAAAAAGAUAUUUGAAUACACAUACUAUAAACAGAUAAUAAUUAAAUAAAUACUAGGAAAGCAGAUAAUUAUUAACUAAAUACUAGUUAAACAAUCAAUAGAUUAAAAAAAAAGUAUUGUAUGAUUUCUAACUUCCAAGUA